AUGCCUCCAGUCACGUUAUCCAACGGUGCGGACGCUGCCUCCGAAAAGUCGAUUGAUCUGCCUCUGUUUGACAUCUGUCAAGAGACACCCGAGCUGGGGAGAGCAAUUGUAAAAUCAGCAGUCAAAUGGGGGUUCUUGUGGAUUGCCGGAUCACCAGCAUCUGAAAGUGGAGGUGAUAGUGGACCAUAUGACCUCAAUGAAGAAACUGUUGAUCACGUAUUUGAUAUAUCACGAUCCUUUUUCAAAGAUUCCCCUGUUUCCGAGAAAGAAGAGUGCAGAAUCAAAAACAACCGUGGCUUCGUCGGAAUGCACGUUGAGAAUCUCGAUCCGACAAAACAUAAACGAGGCGACUUCAAGCAAGCCUUCAACUUAGCUGAUCCAGAUCCCACCACUGGCCAAUGGCGUCAAUCAAUUCCCACAACGUUCCAAGAGAAUGAUGCAGCGCUCCGCGACUUUCACGCCAGAUGUCGCAGAAUAGCCACCCGUAUCCUUCGGCUCAUCGCACUCGGUCUUUCAAUCGAGGAUGUUGACUGGCUGGUCCGAUCUCACGAGAAGGCAUCCCUUUCCGCACGCUUCCUCUACUAUCCAGCACUUCCAUCGGACUCUGACUAUGACUCCGAAGCUGAUAUCCGAGCAGGGGCUCACUCAGAUUAUGGAAGUAUUACCCUCCUUUUCACUCGGCCCAACCAACCAGGCCUCGAGAUCCUAACCCCAGAGGGAAAAACAUGGGCGAGCGUGCCAGUGUUCCCCGAAAAUUACCAUUCCAAGACCUUCCCGCCGAUAGUUGUGAAUAUUGGGGACCUCUUGAGUUAUUGGACCAAUGGACUGCUCAAAUCGACCGUCCAUCGCGUUGUCGUCGCACCGCCUUCGGACAAUGAUAGCAAGGGCGAUUCGGAUCGGUUCUCAAUAGCGAUAUUCGUACAGCCGGCGGAUUAUACCGUGUUGACGCCAAUACCAUCGCCACUCAUAGAGGAGAGAGCGGCGGAUUUCAAGGGCAAGAUCGUGGGCCAUGGUGGCGGCGUGGCAGAUGCAGAGGCCCUGUCAGCUUUGACGGCCGGUCAACACUUGAGUUCCAGAUUGCGCGCGACAUACGGCAGCGUAUACACAGAGGAGUGA